GGUCAGUCGGGAUCUUCGAAAUUGUGGCAUUUGCAUCUCUCAAGAUUGUUUUGAUUUUCCUAAAAUUGCGCCACAAAAUUGUAGGUUUUUCUUGAAGAAAAGCGGAAUUUAAAGUUUAUUGUUUAAUAAGAUAAGCUAGUUAUUGUACCAAGAAUAGUAAAAGAUUGCAUGAAAAUGUCCAAGGAUAUUCGCUCGUAUUUUUCUGUAUCUUCAAAGUCUUCGGGGUCUUCGAAAUCUCUGGGUAAGGACUCAUCGUCCAAGUCAUCAAAAUCUUCAUCGAACAGUGGGAAAAAGAAGACUUUUGUCGUGUCUAGUGAUGACGAGGCUGUUCCUCCGACUCCGGAAGCUCCUAAGGUCAAAGGUAAAAAGGGACAUUUACAGGAUCAUUCGAAGGAACAGUCCAAGAGGAGGAGGAUUAUUGAUUCCGAUGACGAGGAAAGUGCCAAGGAUGCCAAGCCUAACCUGAAAAAGUUGAAGAAGGAACCAGAAGUGCCCAAGAAGAUUGUAAAGUCUUUCAGUGAAAUGUACAGCGAUAAACCUGUUGAUAUGGUCUUUAAGAAGCAGAAAACUCCUAAGAAAAGCGAAGAAGUUCUCUUUGAAUCCGAUGAGGAAUUUGAGAAGAUUGCUGCUCAGCUGGAUUGUUCCGAGGGGAAGGCCACAAAGUCCAAAACUCCCAAAAAAUCUGCUGCAAAGGAAGGAGGAUCUCAUAAAACUCCCAAGAAGGAGCUAGAUGAGGCAGAUUUCCAUUCUGACAAUGAAUUUAUGAAGACUGUGAAGGCUUUGGAUGUGCCGAAUGGAAAGGAUAAAGCUCCAAAUAAAACUCCCAAGAAAAAGUAUGAAAAGUCCAAGGAAGUGAAGAAGUCUCCGAAGGAAUCUCCGGAAGACAAUAGGAAGAAAAAUACUCCGAAGAAAAGUCACCAGGAGAAGCCCAAAGAAGAGAAAAAGUCCCCGAAGGAAGCAGAGAAGGCCGGAAAGAGCCCAAGGAAACCAAAAGAGGAACCCAAAGCCGCUGAAGAGGCUCCAGCAGAAGACAAAAAGAAGCUCGCAGGGAUCCUGUACCAGAAAUUCAAGAAUCGAUCGAGCUGUAUCAAUCCAGGGAGCAAGGAGGUCCCCGAGGGAGCCCCAAAUUGCCUGGCUGGCCUUAGUUUCAUCAUCACGGGGAUCUUGGAGUCUCUUCAGCGCGAGGAAGCUACUCAGUUGAUCAAGGAUCUCGGAGGGAAGGUCGUAGGGUCCAUUUCCAAGAAAACCGACUACGUGGUCCUUGGAGAAGAAGCCGGUCCGGCUAAAUUGAAGAAAGUCGAGGAGUUCGGAACGAAGAAGCUCAGUGAGGACGGCCUGUUCGAUUUGAUCCGGGAAAAGAGCGCAGGGAAGCUUCCCAAGAGUCCUUCCGUCGCUGCUGUCAAGAGAAAGGCAGAAAAAGCCCAAGAAGAGGAUGCCAAGAGGGAAAAGAAGGAAGAAGUCCCAGUUAAAAGUCAACUCAAUGUGGUAGGAAAUGUUUCCGGAAAGCUUCCCUGGGUGGACAAAUACGCUCCAGCGAGCAGCAAACAGAUCAUUGGGCAGCAAGGAGCAGCGAGUAAUCUCGUGAAAUUGACCAAUUGGCUGUCAAAAUGGUAUUCCAAUCACGAUGGCAAGAAGAAACUCCAGCGUCCAUCUCCCUGGGCUAAAUCCGACGAUGGAGCCUUCUUCAAAGCUGCCCUGCUGUCAGGACCUCCAGGAGUCGGGAAAACCACCACGGCCACUUUGGUCUGCCGCGAGCUGGGCUUCGACAUUGUCGAGUUCAAUGCAUCGGACACGAGGUCCAAACGCCUUCUCAAGGAGCAAGUGUCAGAGCUCCUCUCCAACAAAUCCCUCUUCGGCUUCUGCCACAACGCCAAAGUGGCAGUUUCCAAGAAGCACGUCCUCCUCAUGGACGAAGUGGACGGAAUGGCCGGGAAUGAAGAUCGCGGUGGCAUCCAGGAGCUCAUAGCUCUCAUCAAGGACACGUCAAUCCCAAUCAUUUGCAUGUGCAACGAUCGGAAUGCCCAGAAGAUGAGAUCCCUGGUCAACUACUGCUUCGAUCUUAGAUUCCAGAGGCCAAGAGUGGAACAGAUCAAAGGAGCCAUGAUGUCCGUGUGCUUCAAGGAGAAGCUCAAGUUGGCUCCUGGAGUUCUGGAUGAGAUUAUUGCAUCAACAAAUCACGAUAUCCGGCAGACCCUGAAUAUCCUGUCGAUGCUGAAUGCCAAGAAGGACGACGCUGGGACUCAAACUGGUGGCCAGAAUUCAAAGAAGGACCUCAAAUUGGGUCCAUGGGACGUUGUGCGUAAAGUCUUUUCAGCGGAAGAUCAGAGGAAAAUGAGUAUUCAUGAAAGAAGUGAUCUCUUUUUCCACGAUUACAGUCUAGGGCCACUCUUUGUCCAGGAAAACUACCUCAAAGUAUCUCCCAGAGGUGAUAAAAAUAUGGCAAUUUUCCGUGCGGCUGAGGCUGCUGAUUGCCUGAGCCAGGGAGAUUUGAUUGAACGCCGUAUUCGUUCAAAUAUGGCAUGGUCUCUUUUGCCAACUCAAGCCAUCUUUAGCUCAGUCCUUCCUGGAUACUUUAUGCAGGGCUUCUUUACGGGGCAAAUAGAGUUUCCUGGAUGGCUGGGCAAAAAUUCCAAGAGGAACAAGAGAAUGCGCCUUGCUCAGGAGAUCAAUGAUCACAUCCGGAUUAGUGCUUCGGCAUCGCGAGAAGCUGUCUGCUUGGAUUAUGCUCCCAAUCUCCUGGCAGCCAUUGCAAAUCCGUUGAAGGAAAAAGGAACUGAAGGAGUUCCGCAGGCGAUCAAUGUAAUGAAAGAGUAUCGCUUGCUGAGGGAGGACAUUGAAAGUUUGGUGGAAUUGUCGGUGUAUCCCGGGAAGAAGAGUCCUCUCGAUGGGAUUGAUGGGAAAGUAAAGGCUGCUCUUACCAGAACCUACAACAAGGAAGUCUCCCCAUUCGUCUAUUCGGCCAAUGCGGCCACAAAGAAGAAGAAAGGAAGCGUGGGAGAUGAUAAUUUCAUAAAUGACGAAGAUGGGGAAGAAAAUCAUAUUUCCGAUGAAGAUGAGGAAGAUGAUAAGAUUGACAAUGAUGUUCUGAUAAAAGCCAAGAAAAAGGUUCAGCCGAAAAAAGAUCCGGAGGAAUCGACAUCCAAGGGAAAGAAAACCGCUUCAAGUUCCAAGGGGAAAUCCAAAAAGAAAUAGGUCCUGUACGCUUUUCCAUUAUUUUCUCAAUAAAAUUACAAACGUUGAAUCUGCA